UCGUAGUUCCAACUACAAAAAAUUAAAAUAAAAAAUUUAAUUAAUUUUUGUUUCUGCUUUCGAAGAUUUGAAGGUUCGGACAAGGUUAUGGGAGAUUCGGAGUAUACUUAUGGGGUGGGUGCAAGAAAUUGCGACGAGCAAGAAGAGACUUCGAAUUUGGUGGUGGCAACAGAAUCGAAGCCCGCAGAAUGGACAGACGAGAAACACAGCUUGUAUCUCAAAUCAAUGGAAGCUACAUUCGUCAACCAGUUGUACAAAUCAUUGAAUUUGUUAUCAGGGUCAAAAUCGUCCAAGCAGAACACCGCCUCCGGUGGUCCUUCUAGCCAGUUUAAGGUUCUUCGUGAUGGAUGUUGGUCGAAAAUCGAGUUUAAGGGAGACAGAGAAGAAGUUAACCAAGAGGAGGAAGGUGUUCUUUUUGCGAAUCCAUGGAUCCAGCACUAUAGAUCCUCUUCAGAAAAACAACCAAUCAGAAAAGUACGCGCCAAAGAUUCUUCAGCUACAACUCUCAAUCAAAAAUCCGCCCGUAACUUUAACUUGUGGAAUCGAAAUUCUAGCAAGAAAGAGAUGACAGAUCAGAACUUUAACGAUGAAGAUAUCGAAGAAGAGAAGUUUGACAGGGUACACGAAAUUAAGAGAACGAGAACAUCCAUCGAUAUAGCUUUGAGAAACGAUCAAGUUGUCCCCUUUGAAAAGAAUGUUCAAGUGGAUGGUGUUGCUGAAGAUUAGAAAGAAGAGAUUUUUGAUAAGCUCUUAAUUAUUGCACAAAUGUAGUCCACAUGAUUAUUAUUACAAGUUGUCUUAAUACUCCCACAAGGGAUGAGUUUGGCAGGCCCUUUUUUUUUUUUUUUUAAUAAAACUAGAGUCCUCAAUAAUUAAUUUCAGUACAAGGAUUUAUUUUCCUUAUUAGAGAUCAAAUCUAAGAUGUAAUGUUAAUUUUUUUUCAAGAUGAUAGUACAUUUUUUUUUAUUAUU